UGAGCAACAAAGACUGGAACUUCUAGGUGAAGUAAAGAAGAGAGACAAUUCCCAGAUCAUCAGUGAGAAAAUGGACAGGACCUUUUCCUCUCGGAGACAAGAAAUUGUCACCUUGGCUCCAUCUGUCAGUGACUUGAAGGAACGAUGGCCUGCUCUAUUUCUUCCUGAGCAGAUCAAGGAAGAAUAUAAAAGAAUAACCACUGCCAAUCUGGAGUCAACAUUUAUGGAAAAUCUGGACCAUUGUAUACCAAGGUUGAUGCCAUUGGUGAUGUCAAGAGGAGGGGCUGCCAAACAUAAGAUCCAGAAAAUCAUGGAACUUCUGAAGAUCAACACAGUUGAAAUUCGCCGAGAGGUUGCCAUUCGCUGCUUAGUGGUCUAUCUUGGGGAAAAUGAGGACAGUCUUUUUGAAUAUGUGGAUUCUGAGAGCCAAAUUGGAGAUUUUGAGAGUCGGGUGGUGAAGAUUCUAGUCACCAAAGGUACUACAGCAUCUGAUCCAGCCAGCACAACCAUCAUCAUAGAGGGCACAGAGGUCCUGCAAGGGUUGGAUGUGCCAAGGGCCUGUGCUUUGCUGAUGGGCCUCAUUUAUGCCCUCAAUCUAAGCUACCCACGGGAGCUGAAGUACACUUGCGAGGUAUUUCAGAAGGUGUUCCUUAAAUUAGACAGUCAGAAAUGCAGCCCAAAAGUCACAUCUCUAAAGCAAAAGCUGCUAGGAAACCCCUUUGAGCCUCAUAGCUGAACAUAAAAAAUGGGAACCUCAUUUGUGCUGUGAUGGACUUGCUGUUCAAGUGACUUUUCCUGAUUUAUGCAGUGUAAUGUCUUUCAACCCACAUCUGGUUGCUGUUCAUGUUAUUCAGGUCUUUGACGUUGAUAGUCAUGUUUGAGAGCUGGAAUAUUGGUGAGUGUAUUGUUUUCAGCUGACCCAGAAUGUUAAAUGUUUUUGGCGGUGAUAUAUUUGCCUUUAUGGUUAUCCAUACAAAUAGUUCAUUCAUUUUUCCACAUUCAUUUAGCCAAUAAUGCAGAAAUGUCCUACCUCAGUAAGAGUCACAGUCGUUUAAAGUCACUGACUCAACUUGGUUAGAGCUGUUUAACUACUUUAACACUACACUGUAAACACAUACUACACACAUUACAUACUGUGACACACUACACGACACUAACACACUAUAAAGACACUACACACACAGUAAAGAACUACACUGUAACACAUAAAAACAAAAUAUUGACCAAAAUUGCAACAGAAAGAUCAUUAAAGAUGGAAAUGAAAGUUAAACAGCUAUGAAAUAAGAGAAUUAUAAAUGGCAAGUUUUCAAUGGUGCUGUUAUUAAAAUAUUUGCACUUAAUUUGUACAAAAUGUUCAUAAAAUAAACAGUUUGUAUUGUGA